GCCCAAACCCCACAGCUUUUUACAAGGCUGCCACACCUGCCAACCCCUCGCGUGACGAUCGCUGUAAUUCUUUUCGGCAGUAAUUCCCGCAAUUGUACGGAGUAGCAACUGCUGUCCGAAGUACAUUACACGCUAUUCCUAAAUAAGACUAAGCUGCCAGGGUAGGGUCCGAGCGUCCCUUGGCGUUCAUACGUGCCCUUAGUCAGCUGCGUCUAGUCCGGAUCGGGAAAUCAAGCUUCUCACCCGCGACAUCAUCCUGGAUAAAUUCCCCGACAGCUCUCCGCAGGAAGAAACACGCCGCGGUCGAUGCAGCGUCAAACAGAUAAAAGCGAUCGCCGGGCCAUCUGAUACCAUACCUGUCGAGAGGAGCAAUUCCGGUUUGCUGCUACCUGUCCAGCACAAAAUUAGGGAGAUUGCGGCGUCAACGGCUCCGUUUCAUCCACACCUUAUUAUUUGACUAAAUCCACUUCGCGUAAUUCCUCCGUAUUUAGUGCUCUUUUACAGCUCCCAAUUGCCCCGUUGACUCCAUCCACACGGUCCACCACUCCGGGAAAAAAUCCAUUUGACUCAAAUAUCGUUAUAGGCUGCCGUACCGGGACUUUUCACCCGCUAAGAUCUCGCUGCGCUGCAGGGACCGAGGUUGAAUUCACACACGGUGCUCUGCAAAUCGGAUUCAGGCCCAGAGCCUCUCCAUCGCACAUUAGCGCAGUUCUCAUUUCUUCAAACAACCCUAUCCCUAUCAAUGACGUUUUCGCGCUCCAGUAAUCGCUAUUAUCCCUAUUGUUAUUCCUCUCUCCUGUUUUCGCGCGCAAACAAAGUUUCGCCUGCUCGCUGAUCCCGACCCUACCGGCAGCUGGAGAAGGGGGAGAGACACUACUAUCUUCGCUUAUAUCAACUGGCGUGGCCGCGUGGGCUAGUACCCAGCGAGACCCCUCACCAUAAACACAUCACUAUCGCGACUCCCCUCCUCUCUUUCCGACGGAAGUUGGGGAUCGUCAGGAGCUAAAUAUCUUCGUUUUGCAUGCAUAGUUUCCUUAGCAUUUUCUCUUCUCUGAAAAUCUCCGAUCCUUCCCCGCAUCUUUAUAAAAAGGGGUGAUAUAUUUCCUUGCGUCAGUGGUGAACAUGGAGGCAAAGUUUCUCCAUGUUCAACCCCUGAAACUUAAUGCGAAGAUACUCAAGCCAAUACUUCGCGCGCACGUUCUAGGUUAUCUUACGGUCACAGGACCUAAACUGAUCACUUUCCUCAAAGUACUUCGCAGAAAAGAUUUGAGUAGCGAAGAUAAAUUCAACCGCCUCUUUAAAGUUUUAAGUGGAUCGUUUCACUGGAACAGAUUCCCUGCGUUUUGCGCAUUGCUUGUCGGAGGCUCAACUCUACUUCCAGCCAUCCUUGGGCCGCUCUUCAAGGGAGCUUGGGGUAAAGGAAAAGUCAAAGUUCGACCAGCCUUAGCACAGAGCUCAUUGCGCACGAUUCGUUUUCUUGCUGCCCUUUUAUCUGCGUGGCUUUGCUUCCCCAUUCUUAACUCUAGAAAUGAAACCCCUCGAACUGAGGCCACCUCGACUUCGGAGGAAGAGGCUGCAAUUAAUGACAUAGCUCCGAAGGCAAAACGGAGCAAACGACAGAAAGUCCCAGGCCCUCCUGGUCUAGCCGGGAAAACACUCGACUUAAGUCUUUUCGCGCUCAUCAGAGCAACAGACGCUGUUGCAUGCAUGGCAUGGGAUCGUUGGCGAAAUCACCGAGAGGCACGAAGUAAAUGGACAUAUGCGGAGUCCAUCACCCCUCAGUUAACAGACGCUGGUGUCUUUGCUAUAAGCUCAGCCAUAGUUAUGUGGGCGUGGUUCUAUCUACCAGAGAGAUUACCUGCCUCCUACCGUAGGUGGAUCGGAGAAGCCGCGCAAGUCGACAACCGUCUGAUCGAAGCACUUCGCUCAGCCAGAAGGGGCGAAUGGGAAUAUGGAAAACCAUCAGAGAAUGAACCACCACUACAAUCUAUGUGCGCUGACUAUAAUCUACCUCGAGAAUGGGGAGAUCCAGAGAAAACAAUCCCUUUCCCCUGCGAGCUUGUCCACAUGGGCUGCGGCCCCAGUUGCGAGAAACAUGCCAUAUGGAGAUUUGCCAAAGCUUUCCGCUUCGCCUGCGCCACAUACCUACCCAUCCAGCUUGCCCUGCGCUGGCGAUCACGGUCCGUAACUGUAUUCAUCAACGCAGUUAAAAACGGCAUUCGCUCCUCUGCUUUCCUAAGUUUCUUUAUCAGUAUUUUCUACUAUUCCGUUUGCCUGACGCGAACGAGAUUGGGACCACGGUUAUUUAGCCGCAAACACGUUACACCUAUGAUGUGGGACUCCGGGCUUUGUGUUGCUGCUGGAUGUAUGAUGUGUGGUUGGAGCAUUUUGGUUGAGAAUGCGAAGAAGCGUCUGGAGGUUGCCCUUUUCGUGGCGCCGAGGGCGGCGGCGACGUUGUUGCCGCGAAGAUAUGAUGAGAAGUAUCAAUGGAGGGAGCAAGCCGCAUUCUCCGUCAGCACCGCAAUCGUCUUAACUUGCAUCCAGGAACGACCAGAAAUGAUCAGAGGUGUCUUGGGAAGGGUUUUGGGUCAGGUUUUCAAACAUUAGCGCUCUCUCUGAGAGCCCUGGAGGUUUACUCGCGAGCUCUCUUCUAUGUAUAUAAUUUACACCACUAUUAUAAUAUAUAAUAAUCUAUCAGCAAGAAUAAUGGGGUGUUGCCUUUGUUUUUGUACCCAACAAGAUGCGCUCUCCUCCUGUGUCUUUCUGCUUGUGUGGGUGGGAAUGUGCUAUUUUACCCUAAAGCAUAGUCGUAAUUCAUGAAUUGACCUGAAGAGAGAAGAAAUGACAAGUGACACUGUUUUUUGAAAUUGUCUUUGGCUUUUAAUGAUCGAAAAGUGCUACUCCAC